AUGAACUAUCUUCAGGCUUCAAUAAAGAACGUGUUGCUAGAACUGAAGCUCAUCUCAGCUACCUACCUAACUAGGCUCAAUCCGGAAUUACAACACUGUCUGAGCAAUGAUGCAGAAAUUCUGAAUUUACUAGAAAUUGUGAAGCCAGACGCAAUCGACAUCUCAGCUUAUAGAAUUCAAGAUGAUUUGGAAAAUAAUCUUGUAAAGUACUUAGACCACUUCUCGUUUUUCAUUGAGAUUCUCUCAACAAUUAAGCAGCAGAAGCUGUCAGAAUCCUGCGCUGCCGGUUUUGAGCAACUUUUCUUCUGCCGUCUCUGCCAAAGUCAAAACUCUUCAUCACAAAACUACAACAAGGAUGUACCUCAGGUCAUCAACCUCAUCGGUCCACCCUGUCCUCACAGGUGCCUGAAUGUAAUUCGUGGAUGCUAUGCCAGCCUUACAGGCGUCCUGCCCCAACUUUCUCAACUGAGUAAAGACUUCAUCGACCUAAGCCGUCUGCUGGCUCAAAUCACCUCCAAGACUCCAGACACUGGUGGCGCUUUUCUCCAUAACCACUUUCUUGAUGAAAUGCGUGAAUGGAGCAAAAAGCUUGAAAGUCUACCGCUGGCUCAAUGGACUUCUAUAAGGGAAAAGGUGAAGCAGCGUUGUACCGGUAACCCCCCAGUAGAGGUCAUCAAUCCCGCCAGUUCCGAAUGGAAGGUGGAGGUGGCGGAGUUCCUUUGGCCAGCAACUGAACGUGCACUGCGAACGUCAACUGUCACGCCACCACUGGACAGUGAAAACCUCACAACAGGGACCAUGUGGCCCCUUCUACCGGCUGGUGGACGUGAGAGCAGCGACGACAGUAAAGGUAGCAUCGACUUGCGCAGCGAGCAGCAACGCAGCUACCUCCGCAUGGAGCAACUCAUCGAACAGUUCAUGGUGCCCGAGCGCCUAUUUGGCGAGCAUCUCGGACAGCCGUGUUUGUUGGGAAGUAAACACAAUUGUUGGAAUGGGCAUGAAUUUGCGGAUGAGUACGAGGGGCUGGCAGAUUUCACGCAAAGUGGACAAUUGAAGAACCCCGCGGUGAAGGUGACUCUUGCCGAGGCGGAGACCGCUGCUGCUCGACUUGGACCCAAAAUUACAGCACGAAGUCAGGCAACCAUGAAGGAUCGUUCUUGCCCUCCUGACUGUUUGCUGUUUUGCCUCCUUUUUCGAAAUGGAUCGCCCACAGCGGAGGGCACUUACUUGCACCGCUCUCCUAACACCGCCACAGUGAUGACGUUGGAUGUGCAACAGCGAGCGAGCGAGAGAAGGAGUGGUGGUGAUUAUGGGGCGGGAAAACAGAAGGGGAAAAAGGAGGUGGAGGCGGCUCUUAUUGGCUUCUCACUGCCCUCUUCGAUUCUGUGUCUUGGGAAGAGGAUUUCAAAGGGGUUCACCAAGUCGUCCUUAGUCCCCCUCCCCCUCCUCCCCAAAUCGGGACAUCGACGUCGACCAAAGGCUUCCUUUCCUUAUCAAAAUCACCCGCAGCCGAUUAAACGAAUCGGUGCCUCCAAGAGCGUCCACAUUCUCAAUGGUUUCACUCCCCUUCACGGCAGUAGUAUCGAGAGGGCGAUACGAGCCCUCGUGCACAAAAUUCGACGACGCUCUUCAGGCGAGAUUGUAGAAGAGGGUCUCCCCCCACCCCUUCCACAAAUGCCGGAUGAGGAGGAAGAACAAAGCCUCAACUUCCACUCGCUCGGACCGGUGAUAGACAUCGACGAGGAGACCGCCCUACCAGCAAAUUACAACGGUGUGGAGGAGAGCAGCGGUCUGCCCUUUGGCUACGUGGAUAAGUGGAACAGUCUCCUCCCACCUCAAGGACCUCCAAAAGGAGAAGGAGAUUACACCUUCGGAGGUGUAGAUGAUCGAUCUAAUAUCAUUGCAGACCUGGAGGAGGAAUUGGACGUUACAGCAAUUCCAACGACUGCUGGAUGCGGAAUAGGCCAACUGGCAGCUUGGCUGGCAUUUGUUCUCGCCUUAUUUACAGGUAAGAAGUCACCGACCUGUCACUUUUUACAGUAUCAUUUUUCGAAUCUUUUGACAUAG